UAAAUUAAUAUUAUAAUUUUAGUGUUUUCUUUUUCUCUGCCGUUGUUGCCUCAGCCAUAUUUGAAAUAUCCAUGGCGCAUCAUCAUCAUCAUGAGGCAGCUGCUCAUUUGGCAUAUGUAAACAAAGCAGCAGCAGCAGCGCAGAAACACACAUAAAACAAAAAAGAAACAACACAGCAGGCAAGCAGCAGUCAACGUUGACGUUGACGUCGACGUCCUUCACCUUGCCACUGCGACUGCAUAUAAUAUAUACUAUAUUGAGUUUCAAUCAUCUUUUGGUUUUGGCAACCUGUUUAAAGAACAGGAAGUUUCCUCUCAGACUCUCUCUCUUAACUGCAGCUGUUCCUCCAAUAAAAAAAAAAAAUACAAAUACAAAGAGGAAGAGAUCAAAAACAACAAAAAAAGUAAUCCAAUCAAGUUCAGUGAAUUAAAAGCAAAGCUCUCUGGAUGAGUAUGAUGGCGUCGACAGCAGCGACCAUUGGAAUCGGAGUUGGUAUAGAUGGGAUACACAAUGAGACCGCUUGGCUAGAGGAUUUGCUGCGCGAGGUGCAAUUGGAGCAGUUUCUCGAGAGGAUACGUGAUGAUCUGCAAGUGACGCGACUGCCACAUUUUGAUUAUGUGCUACCCGAUGAUCUGGAACGCUGUGGCCUGGGCAAACCGGCCAUACGUCGACUUAUGGAGGCAGUGCGCAAAAAGAAAGCCCAUCAAUGGCGCAAAAAUAUCCUCUCCAAGCUAAUCGGUGGCGGCAAGCAGCCAUCGUCUAAGAAGCAGCAGCAGCAGAAUUCCAAUCGCGAUGGCGCUGGGGGUGCUGGAGGGUCACAGCUAACCUGCCUCAUACACGAGAAAGACAUUACCAUGGGUCUGAAGCUGGGGGAUGGAUCGUUCGGAGUGGUGCGGCGUGGUGAAUGGAGUGCCUCACCCACAGGCAAGGUGAUCCCUGUGGCCAUUAAGGUGCUUAAGGCCGAUAAUCUUACCCAGCCGGGCAUUAUCGAUGACUUUUUUCGUGAGGUCCAAGCCAUGCAUGCCCUGGAUCACUCUAAUCUGGUGCGUCUUUAUGGUGUGGUGCUGUCCCAGCCGAUGAUGAUGAUCACGGAGCUGGCGGAGCAUGGCUCCUUGCUGGAUACUCUAAGGAAACAAUGCCGGCAUACAUCUUUGACCCACAUUUGGAACUGGUCGGUGCAAAUAGUGACGGGAAUGGCCUAUCUCGAGCAGAAGCGUUUCCUACACCGCGAUCUCGCCUGUCGGAAUGUCCUUCUGGCUUCAGGAAAUAAGAUUAAAAUAGGGGAUUUUGGUCUAAUGCGUGCGCUUCCCCAGGAGGAUGAUUGCUAUGUCAUGUCCGAGCACAAGAAAGUUCCAUUUCCCUGGUGUGCCCCCGAAUCUUUAAGAUUCCGACAAUUUUCGCAUGCGUCCGACACUUGGAUGUUUGGGGUCACCUUGUGGGAGAUGUUUAGCUUUGGUGAAGAUCCCUGGGUGGGUUUAAACGGUUCACAGAUCCUAAGAAAAAUCGACCGCGAAGGGGAACGUUUACAUCAGCCGGAUGCCUGUCCACCGGAUGUCUAUGCCAUGAUGUUGCAAUGUUGGGACAAAACCCCAGCGGAACGACCUACUUUUGCCGCCCUCAAGGAAUACCUGGCCAGCAUGUCGCCUCCAUUAAUGCAAGCCUCGCGUAGCUAUCACGACGCGAAGGGCCUGCAAAUUGAAUCCGGCGAUACAAUAGCCAUUAUUGAUGGUCGUCCCGAACUGAAGCUUAUCAAGGGUCAAAACCAGCGUACCUUUGAGAUUGGCAUCUUUCCGAAAACUCUGCUGGAAGCACAGCACCAGCAGAGAAGAAGGGGAGACAACCAUUUGGCUGGCGGAGACGUGGCCAUGCGAAAUACUUCGAGCAACAGUUCUGGUUCACCGUUUGGCUUCUGUUGGGGCGGUGGUCUGAUCAAUGGAGAGGAUCGCCAGCGAAGAACUGCCUCGUUGGCCACCGGAUCGUCACCGAAUCAGAAUCAUGCUAAAGAAAGGAAGUCCACAUCGAGCAAACAGUUUGCAUACAACAAGUUGGUCAACGAGAAUGCUGCCAACGGUCUGCAGCGACGCAAUGCGGUAAAGCACAGGACCAGUGGUGCGGGCCCCCAGCGUCCUCCGCCCCCACAAAAGCAGCAGGAGGGCAUACUCAUAGACAUUUCGCCAGAGAUGCGACCGACGGCAGGCGGAGGAGUGGGAAUGGGAGACAGUUCCUCCCUACAAAUGGAUAGCUCGUUUUGUAUACUAGAUGCACCGAUUGAUGUUCCCACGUUCACAGCGGCGGCGUCCUCGCCCACUUACUUCAAUGAGCAACCGCAGUUUCAAUUCCACGAUUCAUCAACGAACCCGACAUCAACGACAUCAUCACCUGGACGACUGCAACCGCCACCCUAUCAAAUGCCCCCCACUUACUCCAAUACCAUGGAGUUUGCCCAGAAGCGAGACCAGAAUCAUCAUCAGCAGCAGCAACAUUAUCAGUCUCAAUCCCAGCUGCAGCAGCAGCAGUCGAUUCCGUUGGAUCCGUUUGACACUACCAAUUUGGAGACGGCUGUAACCUUAUAUACGAAUGUAAGUCAACCUCUGGAGCCGGCUAGCAUCUAUAGUAACAGUUCAUCCACGGUAAGAAAGAGUCUCUUCGGUGGCUGUGAUUCCUCGGUGAUCGGAGCGGGUAUUAACAAUUCCAACAAUUGCAACAACAAGGAGAAUAUACCCGCCUUAGAGUCAGCUGCCAUGCAGUUGAAUUUAAAUAAUCUCUGUCAGGAGCAGCAACAGCGUAUUUUACCCGAGUCCGAGAUCUCCACUGUCUCCUCGAGUGCCACGGAGAGCGGUGUCGUGCUGGACAAAUCGUUUAUAGCCGAGCUGGAGAAGGAUAUGUAUAGUGGCAAGGCCCAAGAGGAUUAUCAGCGAAAUUCCACACAUGUUUAUGCGAAUAACAAGGAUUUGGUCUACAAACAGAAUCUCACACCAUUGAAAAACGGGAAUACCAACUCGAAUCACUCCAGUCCAGGUGGCGGUGUGUCACCCAAACAAAACAAUCUCGAACUGGCCGCCAGCAGUUCAACAACUCAAAGUGUGGUUAAUCGAAUUUGGUAUGAAAGAGUGGCGGCAAUUCCAGGCUCCUCCACGACCGGCACCGGCAGCGCCACAUCCGAAUACUAUUCCCAGCCGCCUACAGAGAGGCUACUGGAGGAGCAGAUCUAUCAAAAUCAUCAACAGCAGCAGCAGCAACAAGUCAUGGGUGAGACUCAUCACUCAUUCGUGGCCAUAUCGAAUCGUGUAGUGGCUCCCAAGACCAAUAAUACAACCCAGUAUGCCUCAUCGGCCAGUCUCUAUGAUGCAGUGGCGGCCAGUACAGCUGGAUCCACCUAUUACGACCAAUUGCCCAGUGGCCACUAUGAUGAGGUCACUUUCGAUGAUUAUUUGAGGCCACAUCGUCCUGCUCCGUUGGCACCGCCGCCGUUAUCGGCCCAGCAGAUCCAACGGCGUUUGGAGAAAAUGCGGCAACAGCAGCAACAACAACUGGAGGGUGCCCAUCAGCUUUAUGCUCCGGUUCCCUCGGACUAUGGCCGCGAGGAGGAAAAAUUGAAGCAAUUGAUGCAGGAGCUAGGCGCCUCAGCUGUCGAACAGGAUGUCCUCAAUGCAUUGAGAGCGGCUAGCGGUGAUUCCAAUCUCGCCAUGCGUCACUACAAAAUCGAUCAGUUGACUCGCCUCGGUUUGGCCGGGCGUCCGCAGUGCGAACAGGCGCUCCAGCAGAGCAACUGGAGCCUGGACAUGGCCGCCGAGCUGCUCCUUAGUGGAGGAGGAGGAGGUUAACACUUAACACCCAAAUAUUUUAAAGUAAUUAUAGAUUUUAGUUAGCUUUUCCAUAAUAUGCUUAUUCAGUUCUAUACACACUCGAUAUGUUCUCUCGAAAAUCGUCCUCGAAUCUAUUACAAAUCGAAAAUACUCGAACCCUCAAUCCCAAAACGUCGAACUCCUAAUCCCUAAUGAAUGUAGAAUCAAUUAUACCAGCCACAAAUUUCAACGACUGUACUAUACAUAUACUAUAUAGAUAUAUAUAUAUAUAUAUAUAUAUGGAUAUAUGUAUAUAUAUAUAGUAUAUUUAUAUUUCUUAUUUUAUAUAAACCAUGAAUAUAAAGUAAUUUUAUAACUGUUA